GGAUUUUAAUCAUCAGAUCCUUGUGUUUGUACUAUUGAGGUCUCUUUCCACCUUUAAAGUAGAACAUCAACCGGUGGUUUAUAAAUCACGUAGUAGUGUUCAGAUCGCACCCCGUCAACAAUACGAACAGAGUAUACGGAACGUCGCACGACGUUUAUAUGUGGCACUUUCACAGGACCAGACGUUUGUAAUAGCCAUAGAGCUGCAACGUUUGGACGAUAAUAAACACUGAAGACUAACCUCUCUCUCAUCAAGCGAUGCCUCUUUUGAGUGGCUUCACGGCACCAGCCACGUGCGCUCUCCUAGCUGUACACUUGGCCAUACCUCCGCUUUCAGUUGUAGAAGGGGAUGAGAAAGGGUUUUGGCCACAGGUGGCCAUAUCAGCCGUUGAAUAUCGGCAGUAUUUCGCCCACUAUGUGACCAGCCAAGGGUUGUCGCAUGAGGCGUGGCUUCUGACUCACUUCACGUACAUGUUGGGACACAUGACGCUGCAACACCUGGCGAGCAACAUGGUGCUGUUGGCAGCAAAUGGGCCGUUGGUGGAGGGUCGGUUGGGGCUGAUGGGUGUGGUGGGCCUGUAUCUGUCGUCGGGUGCGUUGGCCGUGUGUGAUACGUCGCACAGGCGGACAGACCAGGUGCGACGUCUGAAGGCGACGAAGCAGAGGUUCACCGACCAACUGCUGAGCUACCUACCUGACGAAGUACAGCACUCGCUGGUGCAAUGGCUGCCGUCUGUGGUGCAGAGUGUGCCAGGCAUGCCCACGGUGGUGACAGCUGUUUCUGAGUACUUGGACUGGCAUUUGGAAUCGAUCGCGACGAUCCAGCAUGAAUACGUGCCGCUGUUGGGGGCGAGUGCGGGGGUGGCAGGGUUGAUGGGGUUCAACGCCUGUUUGUUUCUUGAGUCUGUGUUCAUUCGUACGUACAAUCAAUACCGCGCGAGACGGCCCUUAGUCCUUCGCAGUCAGAGACGCCGCACAAACGACGCCACUCACGCCACUGUGCCUCCGUCACCGUACGAAACAGCGUCAGAGGAAAGACCUUCUGCACUCGCCGGAGAAAGGGCUCAAACACGCGCACGCGCACAGCAACACACACGACCACAGCCACAGCCACACUCGCAACCGCAAUAUCAAUCACAACUAUCACCGCCCACAUACGAAGCGAGUGCUCCAGGCGAUGGGAAUAUCUCGACAGAUAUUACAGUUGGUGGCAGCAGGAGACGAUACCAGAGUGUUGUGCGGCAGUCUGGUCCUACGCGUAGAGGGGUGCCGUCGGAUAGCUAUGACUUGGAUAUGAUUGGUUUAACGGAUCUGUGCAUAAUAUGCAAUGAGCUGGCCACUGUGACCAAUCUACUGCAACUGCAAUCGGUGAAUGUCAAUGACUCCGUUGAUCACUACGCCCACGCCACAGGGGUGGCCGUUGGCGCACUGACCUUCGCAGUGUGGCGCCUAUACACUCUCAUGUCACGUGGGGAGGUGUGAUCGACUGCUGAGUGGAUAACACACAUGUACCCAAACAGUGUAGCUGAACUGCAAUGGCGCGAGUUCUUCGUCGCCGUUGGGAUUGCUUUGCGUUGUACCUGCAGCAACUGGCAUUGGGCAGGGGCAUGCAGUGUGUAUAUGACAGGCAUUGUGAUAUGGUAAACACUCCAGCAUGCAGUGUGUAUAUGACGGGCAUUGAGAUAUGGUAAACACUCCAGCAUGC